AUGCCGACUCCAAGAUUGACAACGUUAUGCGCGCGAGAGCUCCGCGGCUCCCAAAUUAAAGGCCUCCAGCGGCCACUCAGCCAACGGGCAACAAUCUCCUCGACAUCAUGGCAAGCACCCAGCGCCAACGUCAGCUCCAAGACAUCCUCCACACCCCCUAGCACACUGCUCCUCCCGUCCCGAUCAUACUCGCAAGGAUCCGCCGUCUCGCGCCUGGCCAGAAGUGCCUCUUCGCCCGGCGCCGCGGCCGAGACGUACGUGGCGUACGGCAUGACGCAGAAGAUCUUCGAGGCCUGCUCCAAGCAGGGAGAUUACACGAUUCCGCAAGCGUCGCAGAAGGGCGUCGAGGUCCCGCUCACUGCGUCGGGCGAACACCUCGGUGUCAGUGAUAGCUGGUGGUAUAAGGAACUGGGCCUCACACCUACAUUCUCAACCUGGUCGCAAAUCACCUUCUUGCACAUGUAUCUCCUAACUGUCCGCCUACGCGCCCUGCCCUACCGCGACAGCGUCCAGACAUACUCCCGCCACUUGAUCGACCAUUUCUCUCACAAUGCGGAGCACCGCAUGGACGUCCUGCACGACCUAGGAACCCGGGGUAUCCGCAACAAGUACCUGAAGGACCUCUUUAUUCAAUGGCGUGGAAUCAUCGCCGCCUACGACGAGGGUCUGAUUAAGGGUGACGCGGUGCUGGGCGCGGCUGUCUGGAGGAAUUUGUGGAAGGCGAGUGCUACGGGGCCGGAUGGGCAGGAGGUGGAUUGGACAAAGGUUGCGUGGGUGGUGGCUUAUAUGCGGCGUGUGCUGUUUGAGUUGUCAAAGAUGGAUGAGGCGGAUAUGGCGUUUGCCUUGUCGCAGGGUGGUGGGGCGGAAUCCGCGAUCUUUGGGUUUAACCCCGUUGAUAAGAAGAUGGCUGAGGCGAGUAACUGA